GUUUUUCUUUUCGAUUACUCCCUCGUUUAGCUUUAAAUCUUGCCCAGCCUUGCCCAAAAUGCUAAAGGGCGGCAGCACAUUAAAAGCCCUGGACGUCAGACUCCGACUGGUGCGACCCUUUAUUGAAACAAGAAGGUGCUUCUACAUCUAUUGCAGAAGCUGUGGACGCCGGCAGCAGCAGCUGCAGCCGCAGCAGCAACCGCAGCAGCAGCGCAGCUUCUCCAACAGCAUCCACAGGUCCUACAUAACGUUCAAUGAUUUUCGCACCAAGAACCGCUCGUACACCAAGAAGGAGCUCGUUGGGUACUCCAUGUUGGACAUGUACAGUGUUGUCUCUGACGUCAGCAACUACCACAGAUUCGUGCCGUACGUAAAGCGGUCUCACGUUCACAGUCAGGAGAGCGAAGGAAGAGGCUUCCGGGCGGACCUAAUAGUGGGUUUUCCGCCGCUAAACGAGGCAUACACGUCGAGAGUUACCCUGAUCCCACCCAGUCUGGUCAGGUCCGAGUGCCAUGACGGACGUCUGUUUAACUACCUGUUGAACGAGUGGCGCUUUAGGCCAGGCCUCAAGGAUAUACCCAACUCCUGCGUGCUAGACUUUAAGGUCUCGUUUGAGUUCAAAUCGCUGCUGCAUAGCAACGUUGCAAACAUCUUCUUCGACCUGAUCUGCGACCAAAUGGAAAACGCCUUUAUCGAGGAGGUGCGUCGAAGAAGCGGCCCGCCUUCGAUCCGCUCGCAUGUGCUAACCUCACAUAGAUCCUGACCCCAUGUAGCAAAUAAAUAGACGCAAAUUUGUAAUACACAACGUGUACAAAGAACAUAAAUUAAGUACUUUAAUAUGUCGAUUCUUUUAACACAAUACUAAAAAUUAAUAUUCGUGAA